AUGCAAGCCCUCCGCCUGGCGCGCACCCGCCUGCCUGCCCGCCCCUCCUCCUCCCGCGCCCUCUCCGCUGCCGCCGCGAGCCCUUCUGCGGCCCACGCCAGCGCGUCGUCACCCGCCGCGAUCCCGCUCUCGAACGUCGAGGCGAUGUGGGUCCGCCUCUCCGAGGACGAGCAGGCGACGAUCCACGCGCAGCUCGAGGAGAUCCAGAAGAAGGACUGGAAGACCCUCUCCGUCGACGAAAAGAAGGCCGCGUACUACGUCGCAUUCGGCCCCCACGGGCCCCGCACGCCGACGUCCCAGCCCGGGGACGUCCCGAAGGUGAUCCUCGCCGUCGCCGCGCUCAUGGCCGCCGCCGGCGCCACGUUCUUCGCCGUCCGCUCCCAGGCGCCGCCGCCGCCGAAGACGGUCUCCAAGGAGUGGGAGGAGGCGAUGAACGAGCGCGCCAUCGAGCAAAAGAUGGACCCCAUCCACGGUAUCGGUGCGGAGGGCUACAAGGGCCCCGGCUUCGUCACGCACAAGUAG